UUGAUUGGCAGAACUACGAUUUCCGAGAAAUUGAAAUGAUUGCAUCUUCACACUGCUUGCGUUUGACAUAGAAGAUGUAGAUCUUAGAAGGGGAAAAACAAACUAACAUUGGUUCCUCUGACCGUGGAAAAACUUUGACAAAAGUUGCUGAACUUGCAAAAUCUGAUCUGCGUUUUAAAGAUAAGAUACUAGUAUGCAAGUUCAACGACUUUCACUCCCAAGUCUCACUCUCUCUCCACCCAAGGUCCCACAAUCAAAGCAACUCUCCACCAAGCUUUUGAGGUUGAAACCACAUUCCAAAUCUUAUUGUUGCAAUUCCUCUAAAGUGAUGUUCAAGUCACCAACCCGUGUAAGAAACCAUGGUGGUUCGGUUGGGUUCAGGUGUGAAGUAGCACAACAGGAAGAUAGAGAUGAUGGGUUUUAUAUGAGGAGGUGUGUGGAGCUUGCUAGAAAGGCUAUUGGGCGUACUAGCCCUAAUCCUAUGGUGGGUUGUGUUAUUGUCAAGGAUGGCAAGGUUGUUGGUGAAGGCUUUCACCCUAAAGCUGGCCAACCACAUGCUGAGGUGUUUGCUCUGAGAGAUGCUGGAGAAUUGGCUGAAAAUGCAACUGCUUAUGUGAGCUUGGAGCCAUGUAAUCACUAUGGGAGAACUCCACCAUGCACUGAAGCCCUGAUUAAAGCCAAAGUUAAAAAGGUUGUGGUUGGAAUGGUGGAUCCAAAUCCAAUUGUAGCAUCAAAGGGGUUGGAUAGGUUAAGAGAUGCAGGUAUUGACGUUAUAACAGGUGUAGAAGAAAAGUUAUGCAAGAGACUAAAUGAGGCUUAUAUCCAUCAUAUGCUAACUGGGAAUCCAUUCAUCAGUGUCAGAUACUCUAUCUCAGUCAAUGGACACUUUCUAGAUCAGCUUGGGGAAGGAGUUGCUGAGCUUGGUGGUUACUACUCUGAAUUGUUACAAGAAUAUGAUGCGAUUCUACUUACGUCUGCCACAGUAACUGAGAACAACUCCCUUCCAGCAUCACAAGAAGCCGGUGCUAAUCAACCGCUCCGGAUUAUAAUAGCGAGUGGUGGUUCUCCAAUCCAUAUCCCAGUGAACAUGGAAUCAAGUGGUAAGCUAAUAAUCUUUGCAGACAACAACACAACAAUGGAUCUAGAAAGCACUCAAACAGGUAUUGAAACUGUGGUGUUGGAUCAGAUAAAUUUGAAUGCUAUUACGGAAUACUGCAAAUCUCAAGGAUUCUGUAGUGUUUUGUUGGAUUUAAGGGGAAAUAUAGGUGAUUUUGAAAAGGUUUUCCAAGAUGGUACUGAGCAGAAGUUACAAAAACUGGUGAUUGAAGUAUUGCCCAUCUGGGAUGAAGAUGGGGGUGGGAAUUUCCCUAUUGCAUUGAAGAGUCUAAGUAAGAGAGUAGGAGUAAUGAAUUUGCGGGCUAAAAUUUCAAGUCAGAGUCAGAGUGUUGUGCUUGAAGGAUACUUGUAAAGUGACUGGAGAGAAGGAAUUUUUAUUACAUUGUGGUAGUUUGUAUUUGCUCUACAAUGAAAAUUAAGUUUUUAUAGAGUUUAU